CGUGCAAUCGUCUUUCGCCUUUCAAUAUUGCAUCGUCGAUGUCGUCCUCGACGAUGUGCGAGAAGUCUUCCCCGCCGUCUCAAACUGUGAGCAGACAUAUAUCGUUCGAAGAUGAAGACGAGAGUGUACGCAUAGCCGUAAGCGCGCUAGGCGAUAUGAGGAAUGGUGCCAGAGCUUCAGGAAGCAAUACAUCAAGCGCGCUAUACGCUUCAUCUCCUUCGCUACCCGCAGAUAUAACCUCUCCAGACUUUGUGGCCAGAGUAUCCAAUUUUCCACUUUUCAACUCUGCUUUGCGGGCAUAUGAGCAUGGCAAGGCCAGUUCCCGCGUUGUCAAAUAUGGCGCUGAGAUGAUGGAGUCAUCAGUAAAAACCAUAUCCCGCCCUGUAAUUGACAGACUACCGGUUGACGUCAAUCAACUGGACGAGUUUGCCUGCAGACAACUUGACAAGCUUGGCAGAUACCAUCGCCCAUCGGGCGCUGACCUUGAACGAAUGCAAGUUGAUGAAACAUCCCAAGAGAAAAUAAUCAGGGAAGGGCAGACUAGUCUGGAUUAUUUCAGUUCUCGACUCGCACACGAAGGCACGGAUCCACAAUCAUCCAGUAGUCCAUCCUCCCAUCCUCCUACUCCAAACGACAACAAAAGUCCAGUUUCACCAAAUCAAAUUACCGAACCUCCUGAAUUUCAAGGUCAGCAAGCAGUCGUCCAAAGGAGCCGCUGGCAAGCUGUCCUCCUAGAAGCAGGAGGGAUCAGUGCUGCUGUAAGCGAAGAAAGUAUGCGGCGUCUCAAAUACUGUCUUCAAUGGCUCCAGUACGCCACAUUGCAUAUCGAUGCCCAGAUCCUCAUUCUCAGAGAUUUUAUCACAUCCCUACAACCAUCCGGCACUUCAUCCGGCACCGAUUCCCUUAUCUCACCCACGCACAUGCGGACGUUGACCGACGUCCGUCGUGAUGUCGUGCAAACCAUCCGUCAAGUGGUCGAUGUCGUAAGCAAGUAUGCCGGCAGUGCACUCCCAGAGCCUGCACGGUCACGUGUCAGGAGCUUUAUUUUACAUCUACCUCAGCGCUGGGCAAGUGCAAGCAUUAAUCCAGCUCCCGGUAUGGCGGACGGGGCACCGGGUGCUUGCUCCGCCGUUGGCGCCGCUACUGGCGGCGCUGGAUCUGGGAGACGUGGACGGACUACUAGGCACAAAGAACGCAAGGCUGGUGGCCCCGAUCGCUCCCGAGCAGGUACACCUGUAUCAUCUCGUGCAUCAUCACCUUUGGCUUCCGCACGCGCAGGCUUUGGGAUGAGCCAACGGCCAACCACCGGUGCCGCCACCCAGGCUGCGCAGCAUGUGUUGGCGCUCGCCACAGAAAGUCUGGACAUGAUGCGUGGGGUUACUGGUGUUGUGAAGGACAGCCUCGACCGUGCUGAUGCUUGGGUUGAGCGCCUGCGCGUUGUCGGCUUACAGCGCCAGCAGUCUCGCGAUGAUCCAGAGCCCUUUGAUCCUACUUCAUCAUCAUUCACACAACACCGAAGGCAGAAUUCUAUUCCGGGCCUUUCAUCCACUCCCUCGACGCCAUUCUCUUCUAUACCUUCCACGCCCGUGGCUAGUUCUUCUGUACCAGUAACGCCCGCUGCUUAUUCGGAUGCCCUUGGAAUGGGCCUCCGGCUAGGCGAGGUGAGCGCUCGAACGUCGUUGAGCGAGCUCCAGCUCGACGGAGAAACCGUAUGCGACGCGCCGCGUAUUGUGCCGAAAGACUUAAACGAAGGAGAACAGGGACGACGGAAACCCGAUCGCAUAUGGGAGAGGCAGAGUCCCGACAAUACCACACCAAGUAGGGAUGGAAUGGUGGUGGACGAUGGAUGAAGUGGUACACCUUUUUCUUAUUCCUUUGGUCCUUUCUAUAUCCAUGGACUUGAUAUGAACUCGCUCGUUUGUUCGGUUACGCGCCUGCUGGUUCCUGGCUUGAUAUCUAAGCAUCUUCUAUACGCGAUGUACUCGUACUUGGUAUUACUAACUAAUUUAUCACAGAUGAGACCAUCGUUUGAAGGAU